CACGUGGGCGCUCGAGGCUCUCGUGGGCGCAGACUGCGCAGGCGCCACGCAGGAUCCGGGAGGCCCAGCUGAGCAUUUGAAGCGGGGCGAGCUGGGGAGGGUACCUGGCCGCGGGGAUCUGGACACUUGCAGCUGACUCCCCCACUAGGCUUCGGAGACUGGUCCGACUUCUGUGAAUAUUAAAUUACCGCUUAAUAUAAUGUCAAGGAACUUGGAAGCAUCUACUUGUCAAACGACAGAGCCAUUUAAUUUUGAAAAUAAUGAAGUCAAACUUCCAUCACACAAUUCUUUAAGAACUCCUGGAGGACAUCAUAACCAUCCUAAUUUCAGGUUGAAAAGUCCAGAGAAUGGAAACAAAAACAAUGUUUUGCUUUGUGAGCAAAACAGACAGUAUUUACCUAGUCAGGAAGACAGUGUAUUGUCUUCAAAUGCUGGUGGCAUCAAUGGAGAAGUGGUUGGAUCCAAAGGAAACAGAAAGACAGGAAACUCAGUGUCUCCAUUAAGUAUUGGAAAUGAUUCACCAUCUAGAGAAAUAAAACCUAAGCCUACCAAUCAUGUGCCUUCUACAAAGUCAAAAAAGUCACACCACUUUGUUAAGAAUUCCUUGUCCGUAAAUAAUCCAGCACUUUUCAACUCUUUACGACUUCCUUUUCGGUCAACAACUUGCCAUCGCUGUGGCCUGUUUGGGUCACUGAGGUGCUCUCAGUGCAAGCAGACGUACUACUGCUCCACAGCGUGUCAGAGGAGGGACUGGUCCACUCACAGCAUUGUGUGUAAACCUGUCCAGCAAAAUUUCCACAAACUUGAAGAUGACAAAUCUCCUUUUGAAAUGAACGUGGAAGUGAAAAAUGAGAGCAACUGUCCAUCUGGAGUGGCUAAAGAAAUAGCCAUUGGUGCUGAGAAAAUAAUGUUUUCUGAUUUGAAAAGUUUACAUCUCAAGAAAACCAUGGAAAUAAAGGGUACAGUUACUGAAUUCAAACACCCAGGUGACUUUUAUGUCCAGUUGUAUUCUUCAGAAGCUUUAAAACACAUGAACCAACUCUCUGCAAGCUUAAAAGAAACCUACGCAAAUGUGGUGCAUGAAGAAGGUUAUAUUCCUGUCACGGGGGAAGUUUGUGUUGCCAAGUACACUGUUGAUCAGACCUGGAACAGAGUAAUGAUACAAGAUGUUGAUGAGCUGAAGAAGAUGGCACAAGUCUUGUAUAUUGAUUAUGGAAAUGAAGAAGUAAUUCCAGUAAACAGAAUUUACCAACUAAACAGAAACAUUGAAUUAUUUCCCCCUUCUGCCAUAAAGUGCUUUGUGGCCGGUGUUAUCCCAGCAGAGGGUAUUUGGAGCAAUGAUUGUAUCAAAACUAUUAAAUCACUGUUGAUGGAACAGUACUGCUCUAUAAAGAUUGUCGACAUCUUAAAAGAAGAAGGGGUCACCUGUGCUGUAGAUGUUGUGCUGCAAAGCUCAGGAGAAUUCUUAGACCAUGUGCUUGUAGAAAUGGGAUAUGGUUUGAAGGCCAAAGGACAAAAUUCUAAGAAGCAAUGUACAGAUCAAAGUGAUCCUGCAGAUGGUGGACUGAUGACUGCUGAAAACAAAAUUGUUGUAGACAGAAAUGACCUAAUCCCCAAAGUGCUAACUUUGAAUGUAGGCGACGAGUUUUGUGGCAUGGUUGCUCACAUUCAGACACCAGGGGACUUCUUUUGCCAACAACUGCAGAGUGGCCGUAAGCUUGCUGAGCUUCAGACAUCCCUUAGUGAGUACUGUGGUCAGAUGUGUUCACAGUCUGACUUCUUUCCAACCAUCGGUGAUAUAUGUUGUGCUCGGUUCUCAGAGGAUGAGCAGUGGUAUCGUGCCUCUGUUUUGGCCUAUGCUUCUGAAGAAUCUGUACUGGUUGGAUAUGUUGAUUAUGGAAACUUUGAGAUCCUUAGUUUGACAAGACUUUGUCCCAUAAUUCCAAAGUUGUUGGAAUUGCCAAUGCAGGCUGUCAAGUGUACGCUGGCAGGAGUAAAGCCAUCAUUAGGAAUUUGGACUCCAGAGGCUGUUUGUCUCAUGAAAAAAAUUGUGCAGAACAAAAUGGUCAUGGUGAAAGUGGUGGACAAGUUGGAAAACAGCUGCCUGGUGGAACUUACAGACAAAUCUGUGACGCCUGUUGUCAGUGUUGCUAAAGUUCUCAUAGAUGCAGGCUUUGCUGUAGAUGAAAAGGAGAUCGUAACAGAUAAACCCAGUGUUCCCUUGACUGCAAAAGGAAAAGUAAGUCCAUUGGAGUGGACAUGGGUUGAACUUGCUAUUGACCAAACAGUAGAUGUUGUGGUCUGCAUGAUGUAUAAUCCUGGAGAAUUUUAUUGCCAUAUCCUUAAAGAGAAUGCUUUGGAGAAGCUCAGUGAUUUGAAUAAAUCAUUAGCAGAAUAUUGCCAACAGAAGUUACAUAAUGGAUUUAAGGUCGAAAUAGGGCAACCGUGUUGUGCUUUUUUUGCAGGUGAUGGUAACUGGUAUCGUGCUUUAGUCAAGGAAAUCUUACCAAGUGGAAAUGUUAAAGUACAUUUUGUGGAUUAUGGAAAUGUUGAAGAAGUUACUACGGAUGAACUUCAAAUGAUAUCAUCAAAAUUUUUAAAAUUUCCAUUUCAAGGGAUACAGUGCUGGUUAGUAGAUAUACAGCCUAGAAACAAAUACUGGACUAAAGAAGCCAUAGCAAGAUUUCAGAUGUGUAUUACAGGGAUAAAACUCCAAGCCAGAGUUGUUGAAAUCACUGAAAAGGGAGUGGGAGUUGAACUCACUGACCUUUCCACUUCAUAUCCCAGAAUAAUUAGUGAUGUUCUGAUUAGUGAAAAUCUUGUUUUAAAAGCUGGUUCUCCAACUAAGGAUUUGCCAAGCAAUAAACCUGUUAAUAAACACAGUCAUGAAACUGACACCCAGGGGCUUAAAGCCUUCUCUUCAGCAGAACAAUGGAAGACGAUAGAACUGCCAGUUAAUAAAACUGUGCAAGCAAGCAUAUUAGAAAUCAUAAACCCUAACUUGUUUUAUGCUAUCCCAAAUGACAUGCCAGAAAAUCAAGAAAAAUUGUCUACGUUGACAGCUGAACUCUUAGAAUAUUGCAAUGCUCAAAAAACUCAGCCGUCUUGUAGACCAAGAGUUGGAGAUGCGUGCUGUGCCAAAUACACAAGUGAUGAUUUCUGGUACCGUGCAGUUGUUUUGGAGACAUCCGGCUCUGAUGUGAAAGUGCUCUAUGCAGACUAUGGGAACAUUGAAACCCUGCCUCUUUCAAGAGUGCAACCAAUUACUGCAAGCCACCUGGAACUCCCUUUCCAAAUUAUUAAAUGUUCAUUUGAAGGACUGGUAGAAUUGAAUGGAAGCUGUUCUCAAUUAAUAAUAGAGCUACUAAAAAAUUUCAUGUUAAAUCAAAAUGUAAUGCUUUCUGUGAAAGAAGUUACUAAGAAUAUUCACACAGUGUCAGUUGAGAAAUGUUCUGAGCAUGGUUCUGUCGGUGUAGCUGAUAAGCUGGUGAAGUAUGAUCUGGCAAAGAACAUCACAUCUAAAAAUCAAAAUGCUUUAAAUAAAGAAAAGACACAUAGGAUGAAUUGCUGCUGCACAGAGUUACAGGAACAAGUUGAAAAACACGAACAGAUUCUGUUCUUCCUCUUGAACAAUCCAACCAAUCAAAAUAAAUUUACUGAAAUGAAAAAACUGCUAAAAAGUUAAAAACAGUGCCUUUUGGAAGUAAACACUAAUGAGGAAGGAAACAAAGGCUAGACUUAUGAGAAAAAGUAUUACAUCUUGUUUUGUUGUUUUUGUUGUUGUUGUUUAGAAUCUUCAUCUACUUUUUCUUAAUGACAUUUUUAUGCCUCUAAACUUUUACUUACUUUUGUUUGGUUGGGGCUUUUUCUUCCAUAAGUUCUUACCACUAGAUAAAUCUUAUAUCAAAGAUUUAUACUAAAUUAAUGGCAAUACCUGGAAGGGAUAGAGGCUUUCCACUGUACAUAUAACUUUUUUUUGCUAUGGUGGAAUUAAAACCAUGACCUCACACAUGCCAGGCAAGCACUCUACCACUGAGCUCCACCUCGAGUCCUGCGAUGUUUUGUAACAUGAAAGUAUUGAAGAAAUACAGCUCUGUGUUCACACUGGAUAAGUUGGUGGAUAUACAAGUUUUAUUAUUUUCUGUAUGUUUACUUUCUAAUAGGAUAUUCCCCUCGCUCCUAGUCACCUUCUUCCACAUAAUAAAUGCUCCUUGCUUCUUCCCUCUUUUCCUGUCCAUGCUGAGGUCAUCGCUGCUUUUCUCAACCCUUGAUUGGACUGGGCUUUGCCUUUGGGCCUGGAGUCUGUCCUUGAUCUGUGGAUCACUUCCCUGGGAAAGGACUUUGUCUUUCGGCUCUUGUAUCCAUUCCCUUCCAAAUUUGUAGCCAUUAGAUUUUUACUGUAGAAAGAAAUUACUGUUUUCUCCUUGGGCAUGAUGGUGCACACCUGUAGUCCCAGCUCCUGGAAAGGCUGAGACAGGAGGAUCACAUGUGUGAGCCCAGCCUGGACAAUUUAGUGAGAUCCUGUGUCAAAAAGAUUGAGCAGACUGGGGAGGAAGUGGGCAUAGAGAUGUUACUCAGUGGUAGAGCACCCUGGGUUCUAGAGCAUAAAUACAGUAGUAUAGAUUUAUCUUGAAGCACAUAAUCUUAAAUUCUCCUAAACAUGCAUGUGCAGAAUUAUGGGCCAACUGGAAAGUUUCCUGCGAGCCCCAAAGUUUCUAUUUGGAAAAGUUUCCAUAAUUUAAUUAUCAGAUUAUAACAGUGUAAUGUAAGACUUGGUCACCAACUGAAAGCAGAUCUUAAAAGAUUGGUGUGGUUUUUGCUGUUGUUUUGCUUUUACUGGUAAUGUGUAUCAGCUAUUCUGUUAAAUGGAGUUUUCCUUUAUGUAGAAAGUUGUUUGAAAAUUGAUAUGGUUUCUAUGUAGAUAAAAGAUUAUGCUGCUUUACCCAAUAAAAUCCUUUCACUUGUCAGCUAGUUUUCCUUUGUGCACUUACUGCCGACAUUUUGCUGAUUGCCUUUU